GGCCCUGGUGUCCGCGGGCGCUGACCCUCGGCGCGCCUGCGUGCUGCUGCAGGCAGGACGUGGUCGUUUGGCCGGGCCGCUGUGUCCUGAGAGGCGACACUGCGAGGCGCGCGCCCUGCUUGGGGGCCCUGUGGCCGUGGCCGCCUCCCUGCCCCUACACUGUCACAACGCCCCGUCCAUCACCCCUGGAGGCGGGCUUUGCAGAGGGUCAGGAGGGGAGAUUGGCAGGUGGUGCUGGCCCUAGGGAUCUGGCCAGGGGCCAGUGCUGAGCUCUGCCCUGCCGGCCUCCCCCGGCUGCCUGCCCUCCCUGGUCACGGGGAGGGCACUCCCACGGUCCUGCAGGUGGACCCAGAGGGGUCUUUCCGCUUGGAACCCACAGCCGCAGGAGCCGGUUCCCGAGCUGGCUGUGAGAGGCCGGGACCUUUGAGUGCCGGGGCUGGGAGAGCAGCUGCACCAGUCGCCUCUCGGGCUGUGGGCGUUUGUGUCGGCGUCCCAGAGGGCCAGGCUGUGCCCCUCCCGCAGGCGUGGCGCUGUGGUCAGUGCAGCCCCUGCCAGCCAGCCCAGCAGCUCCGCUCAGCAAGGGGCACCUGCCGGGCUCGCUCCGGGGGGGGGGAGGCUCUGCUCAGACCCACGGGGCUAGGACGGCUGGCGCCCGCCCAGCUCCUCCAUGACUCGAGGCCCGUGAGGCCCCACCCAAGUUUAGGUAUCUGCACCCAUGGAGCAGUGACCCUGGAGGGCAGAUGCUGCCCUGGGGUGACUGUCAGGCCCCCGAGCCCAGAAGGACUUUGCCUGGGGCAGCGGGGCCAGGAUGGCGGGUGAGGGCGGAGCGGAGGCCUCUGAGCCGGGCCUGGGCCUGGGCGCUUUGCCAGGCGCCUCUGGCUUCUCCGAGCCCAGCAGUGCCGCUUUUACGCCUGCCUGCCUCCUUCGUCUUCUCUCUGUGGGGUUGGCUGCUGAUCUGAAAGGAGUGACAGGUUUCCAUCCAUUGGUGCACUCCCCAAGUGGCUCAGCCAGCAGGGCUGGGCCAGGCCGAGGCCAGGAAGCUGGAGCUCCCUCCGGGGGUCUCCCAUGGGUGGCAAGGGCCCAGUUAGUGGGACCAUCUCCUGCUUGCCCCGGGCACUUUGGCAGGGAGCUGGACUGGAAGUGGAGCAGCCAGCACUUGAACCAGCGCCCACAUGGGUCCCCAGCAUGGUGCUGAAGGCCUUCUUCCCCACGUGCUGCGUCUCGGCGGACAGCGGCCUGCUGGUGGGGCGCUGGGUCCCGGAGCAGAGCAGCGCGGUGGUCCUGGCUGUGGUGCACUUCCCCUUCAUCCCCGUCCAGGUCAAGGAGCUCCUGGCGCAGGUGCAGCAGGUCAGCCGGGUCGGCGUGACCGUGCUGGGCACCUGGUGCCACCACCGGCAGGAACCCCAGGAGAGCCUGGGCCACUUCCUGGAGGGCCUGGGGGCCAUCUUCUCCCACGAGCCCUGGCUGCAGCUGUGCCGGGAGCGGGACAGCAAGUCCUGGACCUGCAAGGCCACCCGCCGGCAGACGCCCACAGCCGCCGGCGAGGACCAGGUCCUGCUCAUCUUCUACGACCAGCGCAAGGUGCUGCUGUCCCAGCUGCACCCGCCUGCCGCCCUGCCCGACCGCCAGGCUGGAGACGCCACACCCAGCGCCAGGGGCCUGGCCGUUGUGUUCGACACGGUGGCGCGCAGCGAGACGCUCUUCCGUAGCGACCGCUUUGACGAGGGCCCCGUGCGGCUGAGCCACUGGCAGUCCGAGGGCGUGGAGGCCAGCAUCCUCGUGGAGCUGCUGACGCGGGCCUCGGGGCCCGUGUGCCUGCUGCUGUCCUGGCUGCUGUCCCUGCUGUCGGCCGUCGGCUCCUGCUGGGUGUUCAGGCUCUGGCCCCUGGCCUUGAUCGGGAGCAAGCUGUCCACGUGUGAGCAGGUCCGGCACCGGCUGGAGCACCUCUCACUCAUCUUCAGCCCCCAGAAGGCCCAGGACCCCACCCAGCUGAUGAGGAAGGCCAACAUGCUGCUCUCCGUGCUUCUGGACGUGGCCCUGGGCCUCGCGCUGCUGGGCUGGCUCCACGGCAAGAACCGGGUCGGGCAGCUGGCCGACGCCCUUGUGCCUGCGGCUGAUCACGUGGCCGAAGAGCUGCAGCAUCUGCUGCAGUGGCUGAUGGGCGCACCUGCUGGGCUCAAGAUGAACCGGGCCCUGGACCAGGUGCUGGGCCGCUUCUUCCUGUACCACAUCCACCUGUGGAUCAGCUAUGUCCACCUCACGUCCCCGUUCAUCGAGCGCAUCCUGUGGCACGUGGGCUUCUCUGCCUGCCUGGGCCUGACGGUGGCCAUGUCCGUCCUGUCGGACAUCAUCGCCCUGCUCACCUUCCACAUCUACUGCUUCUAUGUCUACGGGGCCAGGCUGUACUGCCUCAAGAUCUGCGGCCUGUCCUCGCUCUGGCGUCUGUUCCGCGGCAAGAAGUGGAACGUCCUGCGGCAGCGGGUGGAUUCCUGCUCCUACGACCUGGACCAGCUGUUCAUCGGAACUUUGCUCUUCACCAUCCUGGUCUUCCUGCUGCCCACCACGGCCCUGUACUACCUGGUGUUCACCCUGCUCCGGCUCCUGGUGGUCGCCGUGCAGGGCCUGAUCCAUCUGCUCGUGGACGUCAUCAACUCGCUGCCCCUGUACUCGCUGGGCCUGCGGCUGUGCCGGCCCUACAGGCUGGCAGCUGGCGUCAAGUUCCGCGUCCUAGCGCACGAGGCUGGCAGGCCUCUCCGCCUCCUCAUGCAGAUGCAGCCCCUGCCCUACAGCCGCGUGGUGCGCGUCUACCGCCUCCCCAGCUGCGGCUGCCACCCCCAGCACUCGUGGGGCUCCCUGUGCCGCAAGCUGUUCUCCGGGGAGCUCAUCUACCCCUGGAGGCAGAGGGCGGACAAGCAGGACUGAGAGGCGGCUGCGGGGUGCUCCGGGCUCCAGGGCGGGGACCCUGCUUCCUGCCCCGGCCCCGUCUGGAAGCGGUGCAGGCCCUGCCUGGGGCCCCUGCGCUGCCCAGCGGUCGUGGGCGCUGGGGGCGGCCCCCUGCCUCCUGCUCUAGCCCCAUCCGCCUUGGGAUUUGCCCUUGCUCUGAGGCCUGGCAGCCCCCGGCUCACAUGGGUCGGCCACCCACGGCAGUUCCCGCCGGGUGUGCGGGCAGUGCUGCCCCAGCGGCCCCAGCCUAGCAGGUUGGGCUGGAGGGACCCUCCCAUCUGCCUCAGUGGGACGUCCCUGCCAUCUUGGGCAGGGCUGAGGCAGCUGCGGCCCCGUUCCAGCCCCUGGGAGCUGAUGGCAGCAUGGAGGUUGCUUUGUGGAGCAGCCAUGACAGGCCCUGAGGUGUGGUCGGAGCUGCCUCUGGAAGCCAGCUGCCCACCCCCCCGGCUGCCCUGGCCCUGCCCAGUGCCUCUGUGGGAACAGGCACGACCUUCCUGGAGGAAGGCGGCGCCCACCUGGGCAGGUGCACCUGCAGCUGUGGGGGGUGGCUUGGCCCAGGUCCCUGGAGGGGUGCCCAGCCAUGCCAUGCAGGCGAGUGCGUGGGCAGCAGCAGGCCUGUGCUGACAAUAAAACCUGUGUGUGUGCA